UUGCCAGUUAGUUGCUUUGAAACACUGCUGAUAUUCAUAGUGAUUCGGAAAAUAUUGAAAGAAGGAAAAAAAAACUAUCUUCUACUCUCCCUACUGAAUUGAUGAAAGUAGAGCCGAUUUUACGUAGUGUUGUCACACAGAUUUUGAUGAGAAUGUUUCUAUAGAAUUUUUGUUGAUUAUGAACUAAAGUGAAAUCACUGAAUAUCAGAGAGCGUGUCCAAUAUACAAAUAAAAAAACAACUCAAAGUUCAACUAGCCGAUAGAACUAAACUGAAAAAAUAGAUACUAUUUUUUGACAAGAAUAAUAAAUUGUAGCAAUAAAAAUUAAAUGAAUAAAGUGGCCAUUAAUUAACUGUAUAUAAUACAACAACUCGUGUGCAUCUAUAAAGUGCAAAAAAUAUAUAUCUAAUAUGAUCAAAUUAGAAGUUUAAAAAGAAUAAACACAGUAGAAGUAAUUACUGACAAGGAACUGCUGUAAUCAAAGCUAAGCUUUGUGUGAUAACUACGCGUGCGCGUAUCUGUGAUUGUGACUAACUAACUGUAUAAUAUAUCUAUAUAUCUGUCCUGGAUUCGACGUGACCGUCUCAACGUUCCACCAUUUUUAACACCACCAAUUUUACUAUAAGUCAUCACCGGAACCAAGAACAUAAACAAAAAACUAUGGAAGUGCUAACUGUGCAGAAUCAAUUUGCCGAUCAGCAUUACGGCGAUAUUACAGCCACUAGAAUACGAAAUUGGUCAAGAUCUCUAAGCAAUAACGCGCAGGAACAACAACAAAAUCAUCAGCAUGAAACUCUACAAACAGAGGAGGAGCAAUAUGACUGUGAUAGCGUAGAUGCAGCUGCAGUGAAUGAACUUUCGCAGCGCCUACUCACCGAAUUACGCGCCGCCAAGACGCGUAACCUCACCUGCACCGAAGUUUCACUACCCACUGAUCUCACCCAACGCAUCGCCAGCGAUAUUGUGCGUGUAUCGGAACGUGAACCAUGUGGCAUUCGUGGCUGCACCGUUUUCGUCGAAUACGAGGAGGAGGCUAACAAUCUCAAACGUAUAGCAAAACUAAAAUUGGACCCGGAAAUGGUAUCCACAUUUGAGGUAUAUCUGACACUGCGCCAAGACAAAAGGGGCUGGACCGCUUUAUUGCCGCAAUUUAUUAAGGGCCUGUCACGUACAAUUACAAUUAGUCCUGAUUAUAGCAUUGUUAAACGUAAGUUGUAUUCGCACGACAGCAAUUGAGAGAUUGUAAGACUGUCCUGAGACAGCCAUAAAAAAUAUAAGCUGAUCGAGAGAGAGAGAGAAUAAGUGAGAUUGAGAAGGAGCAAUGUAAGAUCUUAUAUACAUUAUUUGCCCAUUGACAAAUAGCUGCUGUAUUGGGAGCAUAAAGUAUUGCAAAGAUUGCAAUGACAAUUGAUCCUGCAAAUUCUGUAUAUAUGGCGUGGCUCAUUAAAUGAGCGCCAUCACACUAUGGAAAUACAUUCGCAAUUUUAAUGUAUUCAGGCGUUAAAAAGCUAAAAACAAAUAUAAAGUAUUUUAAAAUCAUCAUCCCACCUAUACUCACCACUGUUGUAAUCGUAGAAGCAUAAAUUCAACAAAAAAUGUAUAUUUUAUGUUUAUGAUUUUCUAUUUAUUUAAGAAAAAAACAAACAAAAGAGAAAAAGUAAAAUAUGAAAGAAAAAAAAAUAACAUGUUUUUACACAAAAUUUUGUGUACGUGCCCAUUGACCGACAGAACUACAAAACACAUCUGUCAGAACGCCAACAUAUGGACGCUACGACAGACUAACUCAUGGACUGACGUAAUGUCAGCCACACAAAAACAUUUUCUGAGGUGAUUUCUGUUCUUUAAUUGCCACAAUUUUGUGUGGCAUGCUCACACACACACAUGCUUACCAAUACAUUCAUGCGUACCCGGCAAGAGAAAACCCAUAAGUUUUCUUAAUCACUACCCCCAACCCCGCCCGCCAUCGUAUGGCCGACCCUCUGCACAAAGCACUGUGAGCAUUAAAGAAACAGCAACAACAAAAAUAUGAUUUCUUUCAGACAACAAGAACCCACGAAAAAUGAUGUAAAAGAAAAAGGGAAUAAAGAAAAACUCAUGAAAAUUGUGAUACUGAUUAAGUUUUUUAGUAGUUAAGUACUAAUUAACUAAAAGCAAACAAAUUAAUAUAACAACAACAAACACAUUUAAAACAAAUAUAGUAUAUGAUAUGAAUGAAAGCUAAUCGUAAUAAUUAAAACCACACUGCGUUGCUGGCAAAUAUGCAGAAAACAAAAUUAAAACAUCAAACUUUGUAUUAUUCGACCCAUACCCCCGUUUAAAUCCUCAUGUCAAAAACAAAAUUUGUGUUUUCAUAUCGAUCUACAAAAAAACAAACGUUCGCCAAAAUUAUUUAUCAAAAAAAAAAAAAAAAAUUUCCAACAUCAAUGGAAUGCUUAUUGUUCUCAUUAAUCUUAAAUUCAUGAAAGUUAGUUAGGUUAUUUUGCAAUUCCUAAAUUGGUAUUUUUAUCUUUGAGAGUGUGUAGUUUUAUCAAGCCUAAUUUUUUAAUAUUUAAUAUUCAAAACAAAUAAUAAUUUUUAAUGUAUAACCUGUUAUUUUUAAGUGUUUUUUAAUUAAUUUAUAAAAAAAAACAAAAACAAACAAAUAAAAGUUUGUAAAAAAGAAAAAAAAAAUCAAAAAAUAAUAAAUACAAUGCGAUUUUGUGGAGCAAUAAUCUGCAGAAUAUAUUAAAAAGAAA